AUGAGCAGCCGCGAGCUCGUCAGCCUGCUCGACGACCCGCCGUUGCCGCCGCGUUUGCCGGCGCCUCCGUCGGCUUCUUCUAACUUGACGUCGUCUGAUCAAAACCUGACGACGUCUUCUGAAGUCGUCGUCGCGAUCGAGUUUGUAUCCUUCUGUCUCUUCUUCCCAUCCUCUAAUUUGCUUCCAGGGGCAUGACAUGUCACGCUUGCGUCAACAAUAUCCAAGACACCAUCGGGGCUCGCGAGGGCGUUUUCAGCGUUGCUGUCUCAUUGGAACAGAAAAAGGGUAAAAUUCUUGGCUUUUCGCACUGGAGCGAUGUUGCUGUGCAUCUUUUUGCAAUUAAAAAAAUUCUUUUUCCUAAAAUUUAGCACUGAAAUCAUAAAAAAAGUGCCGAGUUUGUUUUUUUUUUGUAAUUUCAGGAAAAAAAAAAAUAACGAGGGGAAAAAAACAUGGAUGAAAAUGUAUUACCGGAGUUAUUAAAACCUCCUCGGAAUAGAGAAAUUUUUUUAUAUUAUGGAGGCUCAAAGUUAAAAGGAUGAAUUUUUCGGAGUAUCACAUACAGGACGGGAUAGAAUCUUUCGUAAAUUGCUGGAAGGACUUUAAAAGAACUAACGAAACAUUUUCGCUUUGUUUUGGGAUUUAUGGUCAAAGAGAGAAAUUGAGAAUCUCUUGCAGGAAGAGUGAAGUUUGACCCGAAGAAGUGGACUGGGGCACAGGUUGCUGAGGCGAUCGACGACAUGGGCUUCGAGUGCAAACUUCUUGAAGGUAACGAUGUGCCAAUUUCGAAGUGAUGGACUGAACUAGGAAGAAAUUCGCUUCAAGGAUUAUUUAACUUGAUUUUAUAAUCGAUUUUUUGGCAAAGGGGGAAUGAGACGCGGUUAUUUUCAGAUGUGACACCAACAAGAAAGGCUUCUCUGAAAAGAACGUCUGAAAAAAAUACUCGGAGGUUUUUGUCAGAGGUUUCCAUCGAAGGAAUGACGUGCCACGCCUGUGUCAACAACAUCCAAGACAACAUUGGCCGAAAACUCGGAGUUUUCUCGAUUCGCGUGAGUUUGGAAGAGAAGAAAGGUGUUCUCGACGAGCUGUCUCUCAUGGUGCAAUCCGUGUUCCAGGAUACGUUGAGUUCGACGGGGACCUUCUGAGUGGCGCGACGAUCGCCGAGGCCAUCGACGACAUGGGCUUCGAAUGCGGUCUUUUGUUCGAAAAAGGUCUUUUCCUUCACACGACUCGAGAAAGACAUCUUAGAGGCUUUAGGCUGCGCCGUUGAUUUUUUGGUUUUUUCUCGAUGCUCACUGUAUUUCAGAGGAAAGGCAGUAUCGCUUGAAAGAUUUUACAAAUAAUUUCUGUUGACAACUUAAGUUUCGCAAACUAUCACUCUUAAGGUUUCCUAAUAAUCAAUAUAGUCUGUUCAGAUUUUUAAUGUCAAGUGCAAUGACGUCAUUAAAAACACUCUGUGGAUGGCUCGCUCUCUGAUUGGUUUAUUGCACCAUUAUGGGCGGAGCUUGAGCGACGACUUGAAAUUCAAAAUCUGAACAGACUGUAUAGAAAAAUAGUUUUUGGCUUUUUAAUGAAAUAUACGCCAGUAAGUUUUUCGAAAACAAAGAUUCCACUAAAAUUUACUGAUCGGCCUUGAGCCCAUAAAUUUUCAUGUCUCAUUUAAAAAAUAAAAUAGUAAUAUAUGCACUGAGAGCAAGAAUCAGGUGUGUUUCCAAUUAAAAAAACUGGAGUUUAGAAAGUUCGAUUCGAAUAUAUUUGUGAAAUUGUUUAUUGUUAACAAUAUGAGAGGCUUGAAGAGAAAAUUAAGUAAUCGGAUAUUAUCGGAGUGCCGGCCGCUUGAGAGUUAUUUUCAUUUUAGAAGCACCGAAAAAUGCAAAGAACGUAUCUGAAGAGAUAAAGAAGCCUCCAAAAGUCGAAGAAAAAGUGGAUCUUCAGCUGAACGGGGUCCGAUACUAUAAAGCCGUUUGUUCACGAACAUUCAACUGAUGGAAAGUUUUCCUUUCAGGGAUCAAGUUCAGACAAUCUCGAAAAAUGUACAUAUGCCAUAGAAGGGAUGACCUGCGCCUCUUGUGUGCAAUAUAUUGAGAGGAACAUUGCAAAACUUGAAGGUAUUCUUUCCUCGGUUCCUGUCUCAUUUCCGCAGAUUGAACUGAUUGCGCAUAGAAAAUUAGUUCUCUUUGAAUCCAAAAGGUUGAACUGUUUUUUUUUUUUUUUGAAUCACUCCAUAUUAGUUUGGAAAAAAGUUAGCCACGAUGUUUCUUAGAUUUUUUUUCUUUGUUGAUCUUGGAUCACAAAUGAUCUGAAUGAUAAUAUCUCAUAAUAAAUUGUUGAAGAUCAUCAGCAUUUAUGUUGUAGACAAUGAUUAGAUUGAAAAGUAAAUAAAAAAGUUUUGCAAAUAAUUACUGAAAAAAGUUUGAAAAGCAAGAAAAAGGAAGAGAGACAGUCAAGUUAUCGUUUGUUUUAAGCUUAGAAAAAUACAAUCGUUUGCCAGUUUUGAAGGCACGGCCGCUUUAUGUAUGUUCAUGAGUAGUUACAAAAGUUUGGACGGAACAGAUCAGAAAAGCUUCACCUGUUGGAAUACUUUGAAGGAGUGAGUUCGAUAGUCGUGGCUUUGAUAGCGGCGAAAGCUGAAAUCUUCUACGACCCAAACGUGACGUCGACGGAAAGAAUAAGCGAAGAAAUCGAUAGCCUCGGCUACCGCGCCACACUCCUCGACUUAGUCAACCCGCUCUUCAACAAAAUGCAUCUGAUAGUAGGAUAACUGCUUGGUGUCGUCGCCACGCAAAGUUCAGAUCGGCGGCCUCGGCUCGGAGAACGAUGUCUCGCGGAUAGAGUCGCACGUCUUGUCAAAGAAAGGCGUCGACGGGUGCCAUGUGUCCUUGGCCACUUACCUGGCCACCGUCGAGUUCAGCCCUUCGCUCAUCGGUCCGCGCGACAUUAUUCAAGUUAUCGAGGUCUGCAUCCUACACAUUAUCUUUUUUUUUAUCAAGGUUUCAACUAGAAAGAUAAAAUCUCGCAAGUUUGUCCUCAUUUCUGCUUUGACUGAAAUUGUUUUGUGAUUCCUCUCGCAAUGAUGAAGGCGAGGAGAAAGGGAAGGUGCUUACAGGGCCUCGGCUACACGGCUGAAUUGGCGACGCGUGACGACCAGAUGCGACGCCUCGACCAUUCGGAGGAAGUGGCCAAGUACUUUCGGUUACGUCUCUCAAAAAAUUUCCACUCAUUCGGCAGAUGGCGCAUGACAUUUCUGAUCAGCCUCAUUUGCGGACUUCCCGUCAUGAUCAUCAUGAUCAUCUUCCACUGGAUCCUCCACACUCCGAUGCAUCCCGAGAAGCAGACGCCCAUUUUCACGCCAGCCUUAUCGCUCGACAAUUUUUUGCUCCUCGUUCUUUGUACUCCAGUCCAGGUAUUCUGUUUUUAUAGACAAAGAAAAUGGAAUCAUAUGAAAGAGUUUACGAAUAGCUCUGUGAAAAUUCCGUGAUCGCACAUUAGCGUAAUAACUUCAUAUUCAGAAAACCUUCCCACGUAAGAUUAGCGAUUUAAAUUUAAAAAAAACGUCGUUUCAGGUUUUCGGAGGAAGAUAUUUCUACGUGGCCUCCUGGAAAGCUCUGAAGCACGGCACGGCCAAUAUGGACGUCCUAAUUGUUUUGGCGACGACUAUCUCCUUCUUUUACUCCAUUGUCGUACUGUUCAUCGCAAUUAUCAUGAAGUUCGUUGUUCAAUCCGUUUCUGAACAAUGAAGUGAAAAGUUUAUAUAGACAGGAAAAAUUCGAGAUUUUGUACUGGUAAAGGUGUUGCUACGACUCUCAAAAUUCAAACACUUUCGCCUGAAUCACUUUUCUUUUUCAUAUGUAAAAAUUACAUUAUUUUUUCACAUGUUUAUUAAUAUUUUUCAGUUUUCAAAACUGUAAUGGAAAUUUCGAGUUUUCAUGAUUAAACAGAAAACAAUGGUUUUAUUUCUGAAGUUUUUCAAAUCUCAUUUCUCUGUUUCAGAUGGCCAUCCUCUCCGAUGACAUUUUUUGAUGUACCGCCUAUGUUAAUUGUUUUCAUAGCGCUGGGAAGGAUGCUCGAAAACAAAGCCAAAGUGUCUAUUUUCUGCUCUCGGUUUUGAAGAAUAUUUCUCAGGGAAAAACCUCAGAGGCUCUGAGCAGACUGAUGUCGUUGCAAGCGAAGGAGGCGACGUUGGUGACGAUGGAUUCAGAAGGUCGCGUCACGUCUGAAAGAGGGAUCAACAUCGAGUUGGUUAGUUUAUUUUCAGCUUUCAAACUGUUUUUCUUCAGUCUCACUUGAGUUGUCUUUGAGGUCCAACGGGAUGACUUGAUCAAAGUGGUUCCUGGAGCAAAAGUUCCGGUUGAUGGCGUCGUCGUCGACGGGAAAAGUUCGGCCGACGAGUCUUUCAUCACCGGAGAAUCGAUGCCCGUCGUCAAGAAACCCGGUUUGAUUUUUGGAUUUUCUCUGAAAGACAGGAUUUAUUUUCGCUCUUUCCAGGUAAUUUUUCUUAUCGAUAAAAUUUUCAGUCUUACCUGGGUGUUUCACAUUUUCAGGAAGUACUGUUAUCGGCGGUUCGGUGAACCAAAAAGGCGCUCUGAUAGUACGGGCGACGCACGUAGGAAACGAUUCGACGCUGGCUCAGAUAGUUCGUCUUGUCGAGGAAGCGCAAACCAACAAGGUGCAGACUCAUUCAUUGACACGAAGAAUUUGACAAUUUGUAAAAUAGUGUACAGAUAUAAAAAGAAACAAUUAUAUAAACCUCACUUUCCGCGGCUUGUAAAAUCUGAUCUGUUCUUUUUCAACAUGAAAAGUAAAAAAAACCGGGAGUUCUGCCGAGGGAAACGAGGUGGCAGACAAGCCAGACUGUUUCAAGUCAUGAUGAAGAAUGUAUGUGAUACAACUUCAUCUUGAGAAACUUCAAAGGAACAUGGAACUUUAUGGUACAUUCUUCAGCAAGAAUUAUUAUUCGAAAUUGAAGUUUUGAGAGAAAAAUUUUACGAAUAAAGUACUACUGCAAGCAAUGUUUCCAUUCAUUUUUUGAAUAUUUUCGUCUAUUUCGUAACUAAGGCACCUCUUCAACAACUCGCCGACAAAAUCGCUGGUUAUUUCGUUCCUGCCGUCAUUUUCCUCUCUCUUCUUACACUAUUUGUGUGGAUUUACAUAGCUUUCGAGUCAGAGAAAAAUCGUCUGCUGGUUCGUUUUGUUUCUUCUUUUUCUCGUCAUUUUUCGAUGAUCCAGUCGACGGAGCUGCGGUUAGAAGCAGCGCUGAAGGUCGCAUUCGAGGCGGCCAUCACUGUUCUGGCGAUCGCCUGUCCUUGCAGCCUCGGACUGGCCACUCCGACCGCCGUCAUGGUCGGCACUGGGGUCGGAGCCAAGAACGGCAUCCUCAUCAAGGGCGGAGAACCGUUGGAAAGCGUUCACAAAGUUUGUUUCGCUAAUUUUAAAUUGACAGAAGAACUUCGCUAGAUAUUUCCGAGGAAACAUUCAAAAAAAGUUUUUUCUGUAUUUUUCGCCCAAGAUUUUUGAAUUCUUCGAACAGAAAAAAUGGCAGUUGUACGAAGCUCGGAAGGGGGAGGAACUGGUCACAAUCUUUUUCACCCCGUUAUAUUUAUUCUUGGUAAGAAAAAAGUUCAGAUUUUUCAUCAACUGUAAAGAAAAUUUAGAAAACUUUUAGAAAAAUUGAAAAGGUUGUCUCGACGACAAAACUCAUGGAGACUUCUCGUUUCUAUAACAAGCAUUUGCGUAAAACUGUGCCGUUUAUUUUCCCUUGCUUUUUCAUGGUUUUUUCUAGUUUCUAUAAUUUUUCCGAUGUAGCAACCUGACAAACUUUUCAAAUUAAUUCUGUUCAAAGCUUUUGACCGCAGACUAACACUGUCAAUUUUUCUUACUUGCAAACUGUGGGGCCUAACGUUUCGUCGCCGUGUGAUAUUUCUUCGCUCUCUUACUACGAUAAAAUGACGAAAUAGCAUGCGGCCAGGCUUGUGCGUCAGGCCGGGCGACCCGGGCCGGCCUGGCCCGGGCUUUGGACUUUAUUUUCAGAAAUAAAGCCCGCGUAUGCUCGAGCCGGGCCGGUCUUCAAAAAAAUUUUAAAAAUUUCAUUUAAAAAAAUUUUUCAAUUAAAUGUUACUUUUACUUUUUGAAAUCAUGGUUUUUUUGUUAAAAAUUUAAGUGAAAAAAAUGAGCAAAAAAACCUAAUUUUUUUGUCGUAAAAAAACUUUAUCUUCGACUAGAAAAAAAUUGCGCGUUUUGGGCCGGGCUUACGAAAUGGUCGGGGGCCGCGAGGGUGACGGGCCGGCCCUCGCACAAGCCUGCAGGCAGAGAAAAAUUAGGGCGCCCCUUAAGGCGCACCAGUAAAGAGUAGUAGUCCAUAUACCAAGUUCUUUUUUUGCUUUUCUUAUAUACAACUUUACGUCAUGAAAACUGAAAAUCUAAGGAAAACCGAUGAGAUUGAAAACCACAGCUCUGCGCGAACUCAUUGCGGAAAAAAGAAAUUCCUACGUCUAAAAAACUCUCUUGCGCAGUCCUGUUUUUAAGGAAGAAAGCUGUUUCUAGGUGACGACUAUAGUGUUUGACAAAACGGGGACAAUAACGGAAGGCAGGCCGCGCGUCAUUGGAAUCUACUCGUUUGUUUCCCUAUCGCAAUUGCCGUUUUCUUUGACGACGUUGAUCAUCGGCGCGACUGAGUCUCUUUCCGAGCACCCCAUCGGCAACGCCAUCGCGUCUUUUGCCAAGGAAGUUCGUCAACCCUUCGGAAAUCGCCAAAGAAACUUCUUCUACAGGUGUUGCGAGACCCAGUCUGGCCGCAGACGUCGCGGUUCCACGUUUCGGCGGGACAUGGCGUCACUUGUCGCGUCGAGAAUAUCCAAUCAGUUUUGGCUUCUACGGCUUUCGGUUCCGAGUUUCCUCUGCCUUCGGUAGGAGAACGCGUCGCCGUUCCCAAUUCAGACGUCGAGUUCGUCCAAGUCUCCACCGAUGGUUGGUUAUUUUUUCAAACUAAUUCGCUUACAUGGGAGGUCAUUUUAGCGUAGGGUUCAGAAUUUUUUAUAAAUUUGCUCAAACAAUCUUUCAUGGACUGGGAAUCGAUCCCCCAUAGUCGCUAUCUGCACAAACUUUUUGUUUUGGAGAUAUGCUUUUUCAAGUUUUUAUCCUUAACCAUUUGACGCCGUUUGGAAAGAAUGUGGCCGCGCCACCAACCACCUCGUGGCAGCUAGGAGCGUGGUGCAGUGGCUAGCGUUGUUACACCGGAAGGGUCACCGGCUCUUCCGUGUAAGCUUUAGACGUGUUGAAGGCAGACUGUCAUGAAGUCUUUAUUCGUGAGCCUCACACGCGUGUGGCCAAGACGCGUGCAGGGGAACCAAGUGAGAUACAGGCGUGUCUGCCGGAGCAAUUACACGCCGAGAGCAUCGUUCACACAUGAAUACAAUAGAACGGAGAGAGAUAGUAUUCCUACUGUAACAUCCCCCUUUCCCUAAAAAGCUUCGUCCCGGAGCUUGUAUUGUUAGACAAUUGAACUAGGUAGGACUGAUCUUUGGGAAGAGUCUCACAAAUUAAGAAAGUCGAUACGAAAACGGGUGAUCCGAAAGAAAAUUACGAUAAUUGGUAGAGUUACGAUAGAUAUAUGAACGAAAAUUGGCUGCAAUGAAGUCAAACACAACAACACGGUCUACUCAUCAACAGAUAGAAUUACACAACGAUUUAGUCGCAUGAAUUUAAUCUAGUGGCCCGGUAAAAAGAACAAGGCACCAUGCGCAUCCGGUCAAAGUAGUGGUAAUACAUGUAAAUCGAGGAAUUCUAUUUUAAGUAAACUACAUCGGUGGGCAGAACGACAGUAAAAAACGAGCCAGACAGCGGAAAAAAAACCAACAAUUGAACUAUAAUAUACGGUCAGAAUCGACAUAUAAGGGCUCCCUAGGCCUCGCGAUAACACUGAAUCUCAUCCCUCCUUCCCAUCCGUUAAAUCGCGUAAACAAAAUGAAUCAAAUAAUGCUCAAUGAUCAAUAUACUUGUACAAAAUGUCGAUGAAGUCGUCGCUGUCUGGGACCGGCUCGGGUUGCGGCUUCUGGCUUCGUAGAGCUUCGCAGGCGAAAAAUCAGUGGGUCAUUGCCAAGGUUGAACCGAACAAAAUAAGAAUAACUGCUGAAGAGUAGAAAAAAAGCGAGUUCGUCGUGGAAUUUCACCACGAAAAAGCGGCUGGGCAGAAUAGAUAGAAAUGGUGAAGCCACAGCGGCUUAUUCUUCGCUCGGGACCUCCAUGUUACACCGGAAGGGUCACCGGCUCUUCCGUGUAAGCUUUAGACGUGUUGAAGGCAGACUGUCAUGAAGUCUUUAUUCGUGAGCCUCACACGCGUGUGGCCAAGACGCGUGCAGGGGAACCAAGUGAGAUACAGGCGUGUCUGCCGGAGCAAUUACACGCCGAGAGCAUCGUUCACACAUGAAUACAAUAGAACGGAGAGAGAUAGUAUUCCUACUGUAACAGCGUGUUAGCCUGCGGAGCCUAUGAUGAAGGUUCAAAUCCUUUUGCCGCUAACUUUUUUUGCCAUUAUUUUUUUUAAGAGCUCUGAUGAGAAUAUUAAAAUUUCAUGAGUAAAACCUUUCCAUAUAAGUUCGAUAGCUAUUUUCUUUCUAAAAUCGCUUUUUAUGGACAAUAGUUAUGGAAAUUUUCUGAAGUUGUGGCGGACUUCACAUCAUCAUAGAAUUUUUCCCAAAAACAUUUUGCUCAAAAGAUUUUUAGAUUCCUGAAAAUUUGAAAAAAAAAUCCGGAUUAGGAUGGAAAUGGGGUUUGGAAAUUUUUUUUUCAAUAAAACUCGGAUGACAGGUAAGUUUUCAUAUUCUGUAAAGAUGUUUCUUCAGAAGUAAGGCUAAAAUUGGCUAUUGAAAUAUUGAAAAGCCACUGUUAUUUAUCACAACCAAGACAUGCGAAGAUCUUUGAUGAAGGUUCAGCGCUUUACUGAAACAUUUUUUGCUGAUUUUCAAAAAACAGUCUCUGAUGAUGUGGAGUCUGCCACAACUUUAGAAAUUUUUCAUAAGUUUGUCCAUCAAAAAUAGCGAUUUUAGAAAGAAAAUAGCUAUCGAACUUAUUUGGAAAGGUUUCACUCAUGAAAUUUUAAUAUUCUCAUUAAAAAUUCUUUAAAAAAAUAAUGGCAAAAAAAGUUCAUAACAGGCUCCGCAGCCUAACACGGUAGCCACUGCACCACGCUCCUAGCUGCCACGAGGUGGUUGGUGGCGCGGCCACAUUCUUUCCAAACGGCGUCACAUGGUUAAGGAUAAAAACUUUGAAAAAUCAUAUCUCCAUCUCCAAAACAAAAAGUUUGUGCAGAUAGCGACUAUGGGGGAUCGAUUCCCAGUCCAUCAAAGAUUGUUUGAGCAAAUUAAUAAAAAGUUCUGAACCCUACGCUGAAAUGACCUCCUAUGUUAGAGGGUUUUUUCCCUGAACCUCGCUGUAUAUAUUUCGAAAAAAAAAGUUUUGCAAUAGUUCAAUAUUCUAAUAACUACUUGAAAGGAGAUUUAUCCAUUGUAAAUGUUUUUAUGCAGAGAAGUUUUAUUAUUAAGGGUUUUGAGUUCUAUGUUCAAUUGGGAAAUAAUGUUUCAAAUCACAAGGUGUUUUUAACUAGAUUCGUAGAUACAUUUAUUUCUUACAUUUUUUUUAAUGUUUCAAAAACGAUCCAGCGAAGGCUUUCCGAAUAAACAGUGGUGAGGAAAAGUCAGAGAAUACCGAAAGUAGCUAUCCUGUCGUCCAUGUAUGAUUUUCAACAACAACUACCAAAUACUUUUGUUUCGAAGUUCAUCUUUUCAGAAUGUUGCGUAGACGGAAAUGUCAACGUCGCCGACGUCAUCAUCGGAACUGAGCGGAUGAUGAAUCGUCUCGGUGUUAAUGUCAACGAGAAGGUCAAAGAAACGCUGUUGAAUGAACAGAGGAAAGGCCACAUUUCCGUCAUUUGCGCCGUCAACGGUUCGUCGGAUCGCUUCUCGAAAACUCCGGAUGCCUUUAGGUGGCGUUGUCGCGGUGAUCACAAUCGCUGAUCAAGUGAAGAAAGAAGCUUCAUUGGCCGUUUGGACAUUGGAGAAGAUGGGCCUUCGUGUGGUGCUUCUGACAGGAGACAACUCGAAAACUGCCGAGUCGACAGCUGAACAAGUUUCGAAUUACCAACCCAUAUUUUUUUGAGAGUACUUGAGAAAUUGAGGUGGGAAUUGGCGAAGUUUUUGCCGAAGUGCUGCCAAAUCAAAAGCAAGAAAAAAUAAAGCAGCUACAGGUGGGCACACCUUUGUGAGUGAAAUAACGCGAAGGCGUUCAGUCAGCAGGCGAGAAAGUGGCGAUGGUAGGCGACGGAGUGAACGACUCGCCUGCCUUGGCUCAGGCCGACGUCGGGAUCGCCAUUUCCGCCGGCAGCGACGUCGCCAUCGAGAGCGCCGGCAUAGUUCUUGUCAUGGUUUCGCUUCUUUUAGGAUGAAAAAAUGAAUCACGUAGGAUCAUUUCGAAAGGGAGCACUGUGAUAAAUUACGCGCGUGUUACGUGCCAAGAUAUCAUAGUGUCAUUCGCGGCUUUCGGUAUCUUCAUAAAAGGAAAAAGAUAAAAUGUUUUUAGAGUAUAUUCCAUUUAGAACUUUUCGAAAAGAAGUGUAGCAGAGUGAAAGUUUUUCAAAAAGUAAAGAAAUUACUACUUUUCUGAGUUAUCUGUAUGAACUAUAGUCUGUUCAGAUUUUGAAUGUCAAGUUCAAUGACGCCAUUCAAAAGCACUAUGUGGAUGGCUCGCUCUCUGAUUGGUUUAUCGCACCAUUAUGGGCGGAGCUUGAGCGACGACUUGACAUUCAAAAUCUGAACAGACUAUAUACAUUUAAAACCAUGGGGAAAGGUCAAAGUAGAGCGUCAUCGUCUUAUAAAUUAUCUAGACUAAGUUUUUUUGAAAAUGGGUUUUUAUCUUUCUUGGUUUUCUCAAUAAAUAUGGUUGGACGCCAGAAAAAUUCCUUUGAAUAGAAUAGCCUUUAGAACAACCUGCUCGACGUGGUGGGAGCCAUCCAAUUGUCUAAGAAAACGACGAGGAGAAUCCGUUUGAAUUUUCUCUUCGCCAUUAUAUACAAUGCCAUUGGGAUUCCCUUUGCGGCAGGUGAAAAGAGUGAAAUGAAGGAAAAGGAAAAAAAGAAGGAAAAAUUGAUAGGCGUUUUUCGGCCGUUUGGUCUCUCGCUGCAGCCUUGGAUGGCAGCAGCGGCUAUGGCGCUCAGCUCCGUUUCAGUCGUUUCUUCGUCACUUCUGUUACGGAAUUUCAGGUUGAUGCUGUGAUUUUCCAUUAAUUUCAUCAUUUAUUUUCAGAAAACCAAGAUAUCACACUCUUUGUACGGAUCGUUUCAAGAACCAUAAGAAGUUUUUGGAGUCGGGAAAUUUCAAGGUUUCUUUUUCAACAUAUAAGAAGCUUUGACUGUAUGGCUGUUUUCCAGAAGUAUGAGUGAAAUCAAGUAAGUACAGUACCGCUCAAAAGUAUAUUAAGUUUUGGUUUUUUGAGGAUAUCUCAGCGAGUACUUAUCCGAUUUAUAUAUAACUUUCAGGGAUAAUGUAAAAUGUACUUUGAAACAUAUACGUUAUACAAAUACUUAUCCGCAAUCACUGUAACGCAUUUUAGGAAUUUUUUUAUGCUUUUUAUUUUUUUAAUUAUUUUUGUUAAAUUUUUUUAGAAGUAAUAAUGUUGCCAUAUGUUUUUCAUGUUUUUCAGACAUGGGAAGAACCUCUGGAAAAAAGGAUUUGACUGAUAACGACAAAAAAGCCAUCGUUGUGGGUCGUCAAAAUGGACUGACCAUGAUGACGUUGGCAGGAAUGUUCGGCGUGACAGAGGAGUGCAUUUCUCAGUUCCUAAAGCGUUGGAAAGCUCGAGAUGGCUCUACUAAGAGCCAACGCACUGGAAAACCACGUGUCACUGAUCGUAAUGACGAUAGAAACAUUUUGAAGACGUCUAAAACCAAUCCAAGACUCACCGUCCCUGCGAUCAGACGGGAAGUUUUCUUGAAUUCGCCAUCUCCGCCAUCCGUCUCAACCGUGAAACGACGUCUGAAUGCUGCUGGAAUCAUGGGAAGACGUUCAGUAAAGAAACCGCUGAUUUCUGAAGAGAAUCGAGCCGCCAGGGUGAAGAGGGAGAAGGAGCAUCUCAACUGGACCCGUCAAGACUGGAACAAGAUUCUGUGGUCCGACGAAACGGUCCUCCACCAUGUUUCACAGUGGGUAAUUGGUAUUUCGGAUGAUAUCUGGACCCAAUUGGUCUACGAACCCACCGAAUUCCGUCACUUCCGAAGAGGAGGGACUUGCUUUCGUCGGACCACAAAAUCUUGUUCAUGUCUUGAAAACUUCCCGUCUGAUCGCAGGGACGGUGAGUCUUGGAUUGGUUCUAGACGUCUUCCAAAUGUUUCUAUCGUCAUUACGAUCAGUGACACGUGGUUUUCCAGUGCGUUGGCUCUUAGUAGAGCCAUCUUGAGCUUUCCAACGCUUUAGGAACUGAGAAAUGCACGCCUCUGUCACGCCGAACAUUGUUGCCAACGUCAUCAUGGUCAGUCCAUUUUGACGACCCACAACGAUGGCUCUUUUGUCGUUAUCAGUCAAUUACUUUUUUCCAGAGGUUCUUCCCAUGUCUGAAAACAUGAAAAAAAAAACAUAUGGCAACAUUAUUACUUCUAAAAAAUUUGAUAAAAAUAAUUUAAAAAAAACCAAAACUUAAUAUACUUUUGAGCGGUACUGUAAUUAAAAAAACGGAGAGGCUUUAGACACAAGUUCACCGUGGACUCGACGAAUCGGCCGUUUUUCGACCGCCGUCAAAGUUGUCAAUUUUGUCUUCUAGAAUGGGUUCUCUGCUCGGCUCGAGGACGAGUAUUGCAAGUAGCACCAAAAAGAAUAGGUUUGAGAAGAGAUCAAAGCUAUUCCUCUCGUUCACUCCCAUAUCUGCCAAAACGUGUCACAGAACAUAAAUAAUCAGAAAAAAGUCAUAUUUUCCUUUAAUACUACACAUUUCAGAUUGCUUGAUGGUCCAGGGUCUGACACCGAAGAUCUGAUCGUAUAG